GGAAAGAGCGUAAAGCGACAGCAGUGGUCGGUUCAUUCAUAACAGUAGGACUGUUUGUCUCGAAGCGUGUGAUCAGUUAAGUGAAUUUCUUUUUAUAGAUGUUAAUUGUUAAGUUAGACAAAUCCUACAUAAAUUCGUCUUUAUUUAGCUCUGUACGUUAUGCUUUAACCUGCUGCGGGGAGCUAUAAGAGUAGAGUAGUCUAUUGCGCUCUUAACAAUAGCGAGGCAACCCAGAUACGACCAUGGAUACUGUAUAAAGCGGUUUUUCAUGGCUGUUUCAUUUUUAUUUCAGACUUGAGGAAGGACCGUGUCAAAAUGGCAAAGCGGAGGAUCACACAGGAGACCUUUGAUGCUGCUGUCAGGGAAAACAUGGAGGAGUUUGAGAUGGACCCUGAUGAGGCUCUGAGGGAGGCUGUGGAGCAGUUUGAGUCUCAAGGUGAUGUAGCUGGAGAAGAACAUGUAUGAAAAGUGAUGAGAAUCUUGCAUAAAAAGAAAAAAAAAGAAACUGCCUCAAGACUGCUACCUCUGCUCAGUUGCUGCUCUUGCUGUCCCGAUUAGUUGUCUGAAUGUGAAAUUUUACCUGAUGGAUCAUAUUACACCAGCUGCAAUGAUAACAUUAUCUGCCCACCCCACUGGACAUGUAAACUUUUUAUAUAUUUCACUUAGGACUGGGCGAUAUAUCUCAUAUCAGUCUAUCAAAAUAUGUCACGAUAUAUAAAAUAAAUUUUAACAGUGCUUAUUGGUAGCAUUUCUUUUGUAAUACAAUAAGCUACUACUUCUGUGAGCUCUUUGUGUCUCUUUGACGUCUCGUUCAAAAACACGAAAUACUUCCACACCACCGACGUUUUCAUGCCAGUGUUGUUGACGAUGUCAUCAUCUGUUGUAUGUCAUCUGCAUUUCUGCCGGGGAUAGCACUCAUUUUCUUUUUUUCUCACUGACAGUGCUGUUGGCUUCACGUGUUUAAGUGCUAUGGUUGCAUGUAGCUGCAGCCUGGUACUACACAGACCCAGAGCAACUCCCCUUUUCAUUGGCUAUUCGUAAGGUCUACCAAAACAUGGCAGAAUGCUGACUAUCGAAAAGCAUAUUGACCAUGUUUUAUAUCGAUAUCGAUAAAUCGAUAAAAUAAUUUUCGAUAUAUAUCAUUAUUGUUUUAUCGCCCAGCUCUAAUGACAAGUGAUAAAAAUCUUGCACACACAAAAAAAAAAACUGCCCAAGACUGCCACCUCUGCUCAGUUGCUGCUUCUGCUGUUUUUCUGUUUCCUGUUAUGUUGUUUUCAUUAUUUACCCUGAUCUAUUUUGUGUGUAUGCAGGUGUGGACCUCAGUUAUAUAGUAAAAGCUGCUCCAGCUGUACCAUCUGAGGGCAGCCAAGAAGAGCAAACACAUGAAGUCCUACAGGUAAUUCAGGAGUUACUCUGUGAACAGUGGUUGCUUUGUAAAGCCCAUUGCCCUGAUUCCUUACAUGUCAUUCUUCACUUGCAGACUUUAGAUUCCCUACGAAGUGGUCAAGACUCUGCUGGUGUUUCAGACAUGAUGGCAAAUUUAAAUAGCUUCACUGAGCAUUGCUCUCUUGGAUUUGCCCAACGGUACCUGGCUGCCCAAAAAGGUGCCUAUCCUGUCAUCCUCUCUUACUGCACCAAGAGUGUGGAGGAGCAGCAAGCUGUGUUGGCUGCCCUGGCUGCCCUGGCUGCACUGACAGAUGGACAGCCAGAUUUAUUGGAUGCAGAAGGCCAACAGUUCCUCAUAAAUGUCCUUCAGAAGUACCAGGCAGACUCUUCUCUGACAAGGGUAGCCAUCCGUACUGUACGACACUGCUGUUUGAAACAUGAACAGAACAGGCAGGAUUUUGUGAAAGGCGGGAUACUUCCUCUGUUAACGAGAGCCACCACAAAUCACAGCGGAUGUGCUGAGGUGAUCAAAGAGGCCUCUUUAGCUCUCAGAGUUAUGACCUUUGACGACGAUGUGCGAGUUACAUUUGGACAUGCUCACGAGCAUGCAAAGAUGAUUGUUCUGGAGCACAAUGGACUCAAAGUUUUAAUUGAGGCUGCAAAAGGUAAGGAAGUGGUCAACCAACUUCAGCUCCUUUGGUGUUUUGGGACUUUGGGACUUUUCUAAUUUGUUUGUUCUCCCCUCACAGCUCAUUUCAAUGAUACUUCUGUUCUGAGUGAGCUGUGUGCCACUCUGUCCCGUCUGGCAGUAAGGAACGAGUUCUGCCAAGACAUCUGUGAUCUGGGCGGUUUGAAACUCAUGAUGACGCUCCUUGCAGACAGCUACGAGACUCCGGUAGCAAACUGUAAAGCAAGCAACAAACUGGUUUAGUUUUCAUCUCUCAUGUUUUGUCAUGCUCAUUGUUUUUCAUUUUCCUUGCAGGAGUUGGUUCGGCAAGUCCUCAGUGCAAUACGAGCCAUCGCAGGAAAUGAUGAUGUGAAAGAUGCCGUUGUAAAUGCUGGGGGAGUCCAGCUCAUUGUUAUCGCUAUGAACAGACACAUGGGCAACCCAGCUGUGAGUUAAAUGUUAUUCCUUUGAUUCCACAGAUUUUCGUUUUAAAAAUGAGCUUGAACACAAGUAAAUUCUGUAGAUGUCUAAGAUUGUUGGUUGGUUUUUUUUUGUAGCUUUGUGAACAGGGCUGUGCAUGCCUCUCUGUCCUUGCCUUGCGUAAACCAAACAACUGCAAAGUCAUCAUGGAGAAUGGAGGAGCCCUGGCAGCUGUGCAGGCAAUGAAGGCACAUGCGGAUUCGGUCAAUGUGCAGGUAAUAUGAGGUCAUCAAUAAUUUGUGUCUUAUUUCUCAAAUAGGCCCUGUAUCACCCUGAAAACUCUUCAUGUUCUCUCCUUUUAUAAACAGAAACAGGCAUGCAUGCUGAUGAGAAACCUGGUUUCACGGAUGCAAAACUACAGCCAGCCAAUUCUGGAGAUGGGGGCAGAGGCUCUGAUAGCUCAGGCGCUACGGACACAUCAAGACUGUGGUGAUGUUGGUAAAGCAGCCCUGAGAGAUCUAGGGUGCCAGGUGGAGCUUCGAGAACUGUGGACUGGCAAACAUGGCAGCCUUACAAACUGAAAGUAGAGACCAUCACCAAAAAACGUUAACCUGUCCCAUGGGUGUGCCUAAAAAUUGAAGUUAGGCAUGAAGAAAUAUAACGAUGCCAGGAAACAUAGCAAUGAAUUUGAGUCGAUGUAACUUCUUAGCCAAAAUGUAAAAUGUAGUGGAUGUAGAAAGACACAUUUUUGUUGUAUUGCACUUUUUUCCUUGUGUUUUGUUCACAAAAUGAUCCCAUUAUAAUUUUUAUAUUUGUGUCUGGGUUAUGUAGUAUGACGGAGUGUUAGGGCCACAUUAAGAAAAAAAAAAAUUAGACUUGGAGAAAAUUAAUACUUUGAGAUUAAAGUCGUUAAUUUGCGAGAAUAAGUCAUUACUAACGAGAAUAAAGUCGUACUAAAAUCAUUACUUACGAGAAUUAAGUCGUACUAAAAUCAUUACUUACGAGAAUUAAGUCUUAAUAAAAUCAUUUUUACCAGAAUUAAGUUGUAAUAAAGUAAUAACUUACGAGAAUAAAGUCGUAAUCAACUACUACAAGUACUGUGCUUAUGAAAAUGUGGUGCUGAUGUGCCAAAUGAUUACGUAUCUCCUUAUUUGAGAAACAUAAAUUGAAGUACAUUUUCAUGAAUUGCUCCAUGGCUCUCAUUUUAACAACUGCCAUCUUAAACAACAGGUUAGAAUAAGGACUUUAUUCUGACUUUACUCUUGUAAGUGAUAACUUUAUUACGACUUUACUCUCGUGAGUAAUGGUUUUACUACGACUUUAUUCUCGUAAGUAAUUACUUUAUUACGACUUUAUUCUCACAAGUUAUUACUUUAUUACAACGUUAUUCUCGUUAGUAAUGACUUUAUUCUUGUAAAUUUAUGACUUUAAUCUCGAAGUCUUACAUUUUUUUCCUUAAUGUGGCCUUAAUACUCCGUCGUAAUGUAACAUGGGUAAAUAUAAAUAUAUUUACUGCUAUGCAAAUUACAAAACUGUACUGUUUUGUGCAGAUUUCAUUCCGUUGUUUACUUCCUCAGCCAAUUUUAUUAUGUGUUGAAUGCCUUAUUUAGCUUCUAUUCAAAUUCAACUUGUUUUCUGGCUUAUAUAGCUUUGUUACUGUGUACAGAUGAGUUAUGGGACAUUAAGGGACAUCACUUAAACUUUACUCUGCAUGUCUAUGAUAAAACUCACUUUUCCUAACUGAUA